UCUCCCUUUAAUUUCCGCUUUGCGAAACAUAAACAAAUCAUGACGGAGGAACUGAAAGCAAGUUUGCACAAGUUAAUGGCCAUGGUUGAUGGCCUCUAUGCUAUAGUUAUCACUGACAGAGAGGGGGUCCUUAUGCUGAAAGUGGCAACAGAGCAGGCUCCUGAGUUAGCCAUGAGACCAAACUUCCUGUGUGCGUUCGGACUGAUGACAGAGCAAGCUGGCAAAAUAGGACUGUCACAGAAUACAUCGGUCGUAUCCAUGUACGAACACUACCAGGUGGUCCAGCUCAAUAAACAGCCCCUCUUGGUGUCCAUGAUAGCCAGAUCAGAUGCCAAUACAGGAGACAUUCUGAACCUAGAAAACGAGCUGUCUGAUGUCUUAAUUGAGGUUUCAAAAGUGAUCAACAUGUCAUAGCACACCUGAACGAAAAAACAGAUGGGAUGAUGACGAUGUACAGAGCCAUCAUGGCAGGAAGACAGUGAUUGGCUGGCCUUGUCACAUGACAUUCUCUGACAUAUUAUCCAGAUAUUGGGGAAAUCUCACCUUGCAACUUAUGUUAGAUUUAGGGUUAGGGUUAGUCUGACCUUGACCUGACCUUGUCCUAACUAUAACCCUUACCUAACACUGACCAAAUGAUAACUCUGACCCUGACCCAACCUUGAUCCUAACCUGACCCUACCCUGAAUCAACCCUGAAUCAACCCUGACAUAAGCUUGUCCCUCUCCCUAUCCCUGACCCUAUUCUGAUACCUAAUUCUAACCCCAACCUUGAUCCUGACCUCGGCCACAAGAUGACCCUGACCCUGACCCUGAUGCUAGCCCUAACCCUAACCCUAAUGUCCACAUACCCGCGGUAACAUUCUUAUCAAGAAUUCACUUUAAAGACUAUUAUCUGUUUAUCAUUUUAGCUCCACAGCAUUAAUGAAAUAUCCUACUUUCUAAAUUUCUACUAACGUUAACAUGCUUAAGAAUGUUUUAGGCAGAAAUAUUUGUGAGUGUAACAUUUCUUCCUUUUAUGAACAAAAAUGUCAAAAAUUGUGUAAUAAUGGAGAAAGUAUCCAUUAUGUUAAUUGUGAAAUUAUUGUAUGUUAUAUCUCAUCAGCAGGAUGGUCAUUUAUGUUGCUACAAAUGUACGUGCAAUAAUAAUGUUUCCUGUCAUAGUAUUUUAUUGUUAUAAAUAAAUGUAUGCUACUUGCAAAUAUUUCA